GUGUACGUCAGCACGUCGGUCCAUUACAGGGCAGCUCUGCAGCUGUCUCAGAGCAACAAUAACAAGCUGCACUGACAACUUCACCGCGACAUUAUCGCCUCCUGACAGCGCCGCUCGACACCGAGUCUCACAAAAUGACGCCGUCUAUAUAACUCUGGCCUCCGUGUCUUCGACCUCCGAGCCGAAAACCGUGUUAUCCUCGCUGCUACCGCCGCGACACAAACACGGAUAGUCGGCCGCAGGGGCAACAGGGCACUUCGGGGCUGCAUCUGGGUCAGUGGGCCUGUCGGCGGUCGAACGGCUGCUUGUGUUUUCCCCGCAGUGUCCCCGCUGCGGUCAUCGCUCUUCUGUCCACACAUCGCGUCUCCCGUGUUCACCACGUUAACAUGCAGGCUAACGGGGCAGGACAGGACCGAGACUCAGAGCUGUCCUGCCGAAACGGUUCACAGAACGGGGAGUCCUCCGCCGCCGGGGUAGCUCACUCCAACGGGCUGGUGUCAGUCACCAACAAUGGAAACACUGUCAGCAACAACAACAACAACGGAGUGUCCGAGCAGCCUGCGGCCGACGACGACUGCAACACGUCGGACAUGAAGAAGAAGAAGCGUCUGUCUCAGUCUGAGGAGGAUGUCAUCAGGCUGAUAGGACAGCACCUCCACGACCUGGGGCUCAAUCAGACGGUGGAUCUCCUGAUGCAAGAGUCUGGCUGCAGACUGGAGCACCCCUCUGCCACCAAGUUUCGCAAUCAUGUCAUGGAAGGAGAGUGGGACAAGGCGGAGAGUGACCUAAAUGAGCUGAAGGGAAUGAUGCAUUCUCCAAGUGCUAUAGUGCGGAUGAAGUUCCUGCUGCUGCAGCAAAAGUACCUGGAGUAUCUGGAGGAUGGAAAGGUCUUGGAGGCCCUGCAGGUCCUCAGAGCUGAGCUCACUCCUCUCAAGUACAACACAGAGCGUAUCCACGUCCUGAGCGGGUACCUGAUGUGCAGUCAUGCAGACGACCUGCGAGCCAAAGCAGAGUGGGAAGGCAAAGGCACAGCGUCUCGAACAAAGCUGCUGGAUCGGCUCCAGACCUAUCUGCCUCCCUCAGUGAUGCUGCCCCCCCGCCGCCUGCAGACUCUGCUGAAGCAAGCCGUUGAGCUGCAGAGGGAGCGCUGCCUUUAUCACAACACCAAGCUUGACACUGGACUAGACACUGUGUCCCUGCUCCUGGACCACGCCUGUAGUCGGAAACAGUUCCCUUGCUACACCCAGCAGAUUCUCACUGAACACUGCAACGAAGUCUGGUUCUGCAAAUUCUCCAACGACGGCACAAAACUGGCAACUGGGUCCAAAGACACCACAGUAAUCGUUUGGCACGUUGACAUGGAAACCCUUCAACUGAAAUUGAUAAAGACUCUGGAAGGUCAUGCUUAUGGUGUGUCAUACCUGGCAUGGAGCCCUGAUGACGCCUAUCUGAUAGCCUGUGGUCCUGAUGACUGCUCCGAGCUGUGGCUGUGGAACGUACAGACGGGGGAGCUGCGGACAAAGAUGAGUCAGUCUCAUGAAGAUAGCCUGACUAGCGUGGCCUGGAAUCCAGAUGGCAAACGCUUCGUCACUGGCGGCCAAAGAGGCCAGUUCUACCAGUGUGACUUGGAUGGAAACCUGCUGGACUCAUGGGAGGGAGUUCGGGUGCAGUGCCUGUGGUGUCUGAAUGACGGCCGGACCGUACUUGCAUCCGACACCCACCAACGCAUCCGAGGAUACAACUUUGAAGACCUGACAGACAGAAACAUAGUGCAGGAGGACCAUCCCAUCAUGUCUUUCACUGUUUCCAAAAAUGGAAGGUUAGCUCUGCUCAAUGUUGCUACCCAGGGAGUGCACCUAUGGGACUUGCAGGACCGGGUGCUGGUGAGGAAGUACCAAGGGGUCACCCAGGGCUUCUACACCAUCCACUCCUGCCUUGGAGGGCACAAUGAAGACUUCAUUGCCAGUGGUAGUGAAGACCACAAGGUCUACAUCUGGCACCGGCGUAGUGAGCUGCCCAUUGCAGAGCUCACUGGUCACACCCGCACGGUCAACUGUGUGAGCUGGAACCCCAUCCUGCCUGGACUACUGGCCAGCGCAUCCGAUGAUGGAACCGUCCGAAUCUGGGGGCCCGCCCCUUUCCUGGAUGUCCAGGAUGCAGAAGGGCUCAAUGAAUGUUGCAGUAUGGACAGCUGAUGAUCUGCUGGUGCUCUGAACCCAAGGAGCGCUAAGACUCUGUAGACACUUAAAUGGAUGAAGCUGGGGGGGAAGCUUUAUGGUUGGACAGCUGCCUCCUGGAGGCGGAGCUACUUGUGCUCCAUGUCAGGAUGUCACAACUCGUCAGCUCUCAGACUCCGUCAUAUUACUGAGAGCAGAGCCGUUCUGGUGAUAGCUGGGCUCCAGGACAUCCAGAAUCUGACCCAUCUCCCCUUCCUCCUCCUCCUCCUGUAUGGACCUAUUCCCUCAGCACCAUCCAGGACCACCCACCUGCUCUUAUUUAUUAUCAGCUACAUUAUUUUAUUUAUUCUUGAGUAGUUCACGGACUAGUGCUUGGCUGUGACGUAGCAGCACCUGGUGGAGGGUGUGUGUUCUUCGUUUUGUUCAGUCCCCCGUCUGAGCUGCUCACAUGAAGAAGCCUCAGCUCUUUCCCUCUCCCACCUCCUGAACCUUUGAAGAAAUUUAACCUGCAGGAACAUUUGAAGGCUGAAAUAACCACUUGAAGAGAAGUCUUUGUUUUUUAAUAAGGAACAUAUUUUUUCCUUCGGGCUUUCCUGCCUUCAGCCAGAGAAAGAAUAGUAUUUGACUAGCAUGUUACACAGGACUGCACAUGAAACAUGAUCAAUGGCAACUUCAUGCAGUAUGUCAGUGGAUGGCUGCAUACAGCCGCUGAUGUGUUGAAACCUGUGGAGUUCAAAGGAUGAUCUGUCAACCCUUACCUCUGCAUAUGGAUUAUCUGAGUGUUGUCUCUCUUGCUCUGUGUGGAUCUCCUCUUUAUUUUUGCUUCUGGCUUCACUAUUUGCUUUCCAUUUCUGUUUCAACCACUUCCUGUAGACAAACAGCACUCAUUAUAUGAAUUUAUUCACAUUUGGUUUCGUUGUUACAUGUUCCAAGUUUCAUUUACCACACCGUGUUUGUGUUUUUAUUUACUAUAUGUGAAGCUGUAACAUUUAAGAGGACACUUGAUUCCUUAAUGUUCCCAGUGGUGCCCCAAACCCCAGUUCAACUGUCAACUGUUUUAAAAGAUAAGGCUGGUGUUAUUCUCUGUAUUCUGUUGUCAACAAAUUCUGUAAAAAGACCAGAAGCAACAACGUGUUUCUCAAAACGUUACAUCGUCCUCCCUCUGUCUGUGGCUCUGAGCUCCAACAGCUCUGUUCCUCCUGAAGAUGUGAAUCUUUAAAAAACACCUCAAAAACAUCUGCUUGCUAGUUUCUGUCAAACAUACAGGGAGAUGGUGCAUUUGUUAGGGUCAGAAUGAUAAUGAUAUUUUCAGAAUCCACAUGGAUUCACCUGCAGAAUCUGUGGGACUCAAAAUAAAUAGUGUGUGACAGUG